AUGAAGUUCUCUUCAUCUUCUACUACUUCCUACACUUGGACAACCUUAAUCACAUUGGGAUGUCUUAUGCUUUGUGCCUCUUUGUCCGUUGCUCAACUUACCCCUACCUUUUACGACAAUUCGUGUCCUAACGUCACUAACAUUGUUAGAGAUACUAUUGUAGACGAGCUAAGAUCGGACCCUCGUAUCGCCGGGAGCAUCCUUCGUCUUCACUUCCACGACUGCUUUGUUAACGGUUGUGAUGCAUCGAUCUUGUUAGACAACACAACAUCAUUUCAAACAGAGAAAGAUGCGUUUGGAAACGCAAAUUCGGCUCGGGGAUUUCCAGUUAUUGAUAGAAUGAAAGCCGCAAUAGAGAGUGCUUGCCCGAGAACCGUUUCAUGCGCAGACAUGCUUACCAUUGCAGCUCAACAAUCUGUUACUUUGGCAGGAGGUCCUUCUUGGAAGGUUCCUUUGGGAAGAAGAGACAGCUUACAAGCAUUUUUGGAACUCGCUAAUAAAAAUCUUCCAGCUCCAACCUUAACACUUCCAGAACUUAAGGAAAACUUUAAAAAUGUUGGCCUUGAUCGUCCUUCUGAUCUUGUUGCUCUCUCAGGGGGUCACACAUUUGGUAAAAAUCAAUGUCGAUUUAUUAUGGACAGAUUAUACAACUUCAGCAACACCGGGUUACCUGACCCUACCCUCAACACUACUUACCUACAAACUCUUCGUGGACAAUGCCCUCAAGAUGGUAACCAAAGCGUCUUGGUGGAUUUCGAUUUGCGUACGCCUUUGGUGUUCGACAACAAAUACUACGUGAAUCUGAAAGAACAAAAAGGUCUUAUCCAAACCGAUCAAGAGUUGUUCUCUAGUCCUAAUGCCACAGACACGAUCCCCUUGGUGAGAUCUUAUGCUGAUGGCACACAAACAUUCUUUGAUGCGUUCGUGGAGGCGAUGAAUAGGAUGGGAAACAUUACACCGCUUACAGGAACUCAAGGACAAAUCAGGUUGAACUGUAGGGUGGUGAACUCCAACUCUCUACUCCAUGAUGUGGUGGAGAUUGUUGACUUUGUUAGCUCUAUGUGAGAAUCGUUGACACACGAAAUAUCUUGCUACCAGACUAUAUGUUAUAAAUAAGCCCUCUCAAGUUGUUACUUGAGCAGGAGAAGAUCUUUAUUGGUGUGCAUAGAGUAACUAUCUACGCAGUUCUCUGUUUUUUCUUUUUAAUAUUUGAU